AUGUUGCGAUCGCUUGCUCUCACAGUCCUUGCUGGACAAAGACUACAUGCUGCUGCCCAAGAUGUCGACAACAGUAACCUCGAUCCUCUACGAUUCAACCAAGACGGAACGUUCCAAAUAUGCGUUUUCUCAGAUCUUCAUUUCGCACAAGAUGCAUCUUCAAUAGGACCAGAGAAAGACGCCAAGUCCGUCCAAGUCAUGUCCGACGUCCUCGACGCCGAAUCUCCAGAUCUCGUCGUUCUAAACGGUGAUCUGAUCAACGGCGAAUCCACAUAUUCCCACAACAGCACACACUACAUCGAUCAAAUCGUCGCCCCGAUGGUCGAUCGAAACUUGACAUGGGCUUCGACAUAUGGUAACCAUGAUCAUAAUCGCAACAUCAAUGGUACAGGCAUGAUGGCGCGCGAACACAUGUGGCCUGGAUCAAGAACAGAUUCCAUGGUCCCUGGAACUGAUGCAGGAGUGACAAAUUACUACCUACCCGUGUACGGAUCGAAUUGUAGCUCAAACUGCACCCCAGAACUUAUCCUUUGGUUCUUUGAUAGUCGCGGUGGCUUUUACUAUCAAAGUAGUGCUCAACCUAAUUGGGUUGAUAAGAAGGUGGUGGAAUGGUUCAACGAAACCAAUGCCGAUCUCGUCGAGGAAUACGGCAAGGAAAUUCCCUCGCUAGCGUUCACGCACAUCCCAGUCUAUGCUUCGCUCCAGCUCCAAAAAGACGCUGGAAUUCACAAGAACAAGCAACCUGGAAUCAAUGACGAAACAGUGAUCCAGCAAGGCGAGGGCUGGUGCGCUGACGAGAAAGGAGGCUGCUCUUACGGGGACCAAGACAUGCCCCUGAUGCAAGCCCUAAUCUCAACACCCGGCGUCAUCGGUCUCUUCUCCGGCCACGACCACGCCAAUUCCUGGUGUUACAAGUGGGAUUCUAAAGCCGGCGACAUGGAACUCGAAGGAAACGGCAUCAACCUGUGCUACGGCCAACAUACCGGGUACGGAGGCUACGGCGACUGGAUCCGCGGUGGACGACAAAUCGUGGUUUCUCAAGAAGGUCUGAAGAACUACGAAAUCGAUUCGCAUAUUCGUCUUGAGUCGAAGGAGGUGGUGGGACGAAUCUCGUUGAAUUCUACGUACAAUGAGGAUGAGUAUGAGGCGACGCCGAAUCAGAAGACUUAUUUGAGUGAUGCUAGUACUACUACGCCUUCGCCUUCGGCACGACCUUCGUCGUUGGCUGCGAGGUUUGGAUUACAUAGUUCGCCUUUGGUUGUUUUUGUUGGAGUUCUUGCGUGGAUUAUGAUUUAG